CAGGCCCCCUCCGCCCCCGGCCCCGGCCCCGGCCCCUCGGCGGGAUGGGGGACAACACCAGCCCCAUCAGCGUGAUUCUGGUGAGCUCCGGGAGCAGGGGCAAUAAGCUGCUGUUCAGGUACCCCUUCCAGAGAAGCCAGGAGCACCCGGCGUCCCAGACAAAUAAACCACGUAGCCGAUACGCUGUUAACAACACUGGCGACCAUGCUGAUGACCAGGAUGGCGAUUCCAGCGAGCCAUGUCCUCCAACCGAUGAGCAAUUGGUUGCAGGGUUUUCAGAUGUUAUUCUGGCAACAAUUUUGGCAACCAAGUCUGAAAUGUGUGGCCAAAAAUUUGAACUGAAGAUUGAUAAUGUGCGGUUUGUUGGGCACCCAACACUGCUACAGCAUGCUCUGGGGCAGGUCUCCAAAACAGAUCCUUCCCCGAAGAGGGAGGCACCUACUAUGAUUCUUUUUAAUGUGGUGUUUGCACUGAGGGCCAACGCAGACCCAUCAGUGAUAAACUGUCUGCACAACCUGUCCCGUCGUAUUGCCACCGUGCUGCAGCAUGAGGAGCGCCGCUGCCAGUACCUCACCCGGGAGGCCAAGCUGAUCCUGGCGCUCCAGGAUGAGGUGUCCGCCAUGGCUGAUGGAAAUGAAGGUCCUCAGUCCCCGUUCCAUCACAUCCUGCCCAAGUGCAAGCUGGCCAGGGACCUCAAGGAAGCUUACGACAGCCUGUGCACAUCGGGCGUGGUUCGGCUUCACAUCAACAGCUGGCUGGAAGUGAGCUUCUGCCUGCCCCACAAGAUCCACUAUGCGGCCUCCAGCCUGAUCCCCCCAGAGGCCAUCGAACGGAGCCUGAAAGCCAUCCGCCCGUACCAUGCCCUGCUGCUGCUCAGUGACGAGAAGUCCUUGCUGAGUGAGCUUCCUAUCGACUGUUCCCCUGCCCUAGUGCGGGUGAUCAAGACCACAUCUGCUGUGAAGAACCUGCAGCAGCUAGCCCAGGAUGCGGACCUGGCCUUGCUGCAGGUUUUCCAGCUUGCAGCUCAUCUGGUGUACUGGGGCAAGGCCAUCAUCAUCUACCCACUGUGUGAAAACAACGUCUACAUGCUGUCUCCCAACGCCAGUGUGUGUCUGUACUCCCCGCUGGCUGAGCAGUUCUCCCACCAGUUCCCAUCUCAUGACCUGCCGUCCGUCCUUGCCAAGUUCUCCUUGCCGGUCUCCUUGUCAGAAUUUAGGAAUCCCCUGGCCCCUGCUGUGCAGGAGACCCAGCUCAUCCAGAUGGUGGUUUGGAUGCUGCAGCGCCGGCUCCUCAUCCAGCUGCACACCUACGUCUGCCUGAUGGCUUCACCCAGCGAGGAGGAGCCCCGCCUGCGAGAAGAUGACGUCCCCUUCACGGCCCGGGUUGGCGGUCGCAGCCUCAGCACACCCAACGCGCUCAGCUUUGGCUCCCCAACCAGCAGCGAUGACAUGACCCUCACCAGCCCCAGCAUGGACAACUCCAGCGCAGAGCUGCUUCCCAGUGGGGACUCGCCACUGAACCAGAGGAUGACAGAGAACCUGCUGGCCAGCCUGUCGGAGCAUGAGCGUGCAGCCAUCCUCAGUGUACCUGCAGCCCAGAACCCUGAGGACCUGCGCAUGUUUGCCAGGCUCCUUCACUACUUCCGUGGCCGCCACCACCUGGAGGAGAUCAUGUACAACGAGAACACGCGGCGCUCCCAGCUGCUCAUGCUCUUUGACAAGUUCCGCAGCGUGCUGGUGGUGACCACCCAUGAGGACCCCGUCAUUGCUGUCUUCCAGGCUCUGCUUCCCUGAGCCCAGGCGGAGUGGGGAAGGCUGCUGGGGUGUGCAGGUGGGCUCCCUCCCUGCUGAGGCUGAGCCUUCUCAGCCCUGAGGCCCAGCACUGGGUGGAUGCCAGCCCUGUCCUGACCAAAGGCCUACAGAGCCCCACUGUCCUGGCCAUGGGUGGUUCAGCUGUGGGGAUGCUGCCCUCUGUGCCCCUAUGCUUCCCUGCUUGUGUGGCCUGUUCCUAUCUGACAGCCUUCCCUUUGUGAAGUGCCCUGUGGCCCCUUCCCCAGCAUCACCCCUCUCUGCCAUGGACUUCUUCCCAGGUUGCCAUGAGCCUUUUCCAGGCCCAGUCCUCACCACAGCCCACAUUAAGUCACACACGGGCUCAUAGCCAAGCUGUGACCUGGUCCUGACCAUCUGGGGCACGAGCGCUUGGGCUGGCCCCGCUAGGCCGGAGCAGCCCUGUCACCUGUGCACAUCUUGCUGGUGGAGGCAUGGCCCACUGUGCAGGAUCCCACACUGACGAUUCUCCCCAGGGUCCACACUGGGUCUGGUGCUACAUACUUGGGGCCCCAAGCCCUCGUGUCCUGGAGGAAGAGCUGGCUCCAGACAUGUGCUGAUCACCUAGGGGGACUCUGGCUAACGCAGUUUUCUAGAAAUAAAACAUUUAUUUGUUAUUAAACAAUUAAAAA